ACUGGCGGCUGGAGGCGUGUCCUAGGAAACUGGAUCCUGCUGCCCUUGGCCAGGACUAAGGCGCGCGGCUCAGCUUGGAGACUUGGGGUCGAUCAAGGAUGGGGUCUGCACUUAGGGCUUCUCAGGGAGCCGCCGUGAAAAAGAAAGUUGUGCAAAGACACUACGCGUGAUCCGGAACGCGUAUGGGGAAAAUGGAGGAGCGGAUGGGGAGCAGCUAACGGGACUACUUCUGCUCGUGGGGACGACGGAAGCGUACGUCGAGGGUCCCUGAAGAGCUCCGUUGAAAGCAGCCGCGAGGACAUGAGGAGCAUUCAGUUCGCCCUGCCCAGGGUUGGCAUCAGGGCUGAAGACGACCUGCGACGUUGAAGGGUGCAAGUGGGGCACCGCCGCCUGAGGCAGCGCCAUGGCCAGAGAGGAGUGCAAGGCGCUGCUGGACGCGCUCAACAAGACCACAGCGUGUUACCAUCACUUAGUGCUUACUGUGGGCGGCUCCGCGGACACGCAGGACCUACGCGAAGAGCUGCAGAAGACCCGCCAGAAGGCGCGGGAGCUGGCUAUGGCCACUGGCGCCCGGUUGACGGUCGCGCUGCGCGACCGGAGCUUAGCUACCGAGGAGCGCUCGGAGUUUGAGCGACUCUGGGUGGCCUUUUCGGGCUGCCUGGACCUGCUCGAAGCCGACAUGCAGCGCGCGCUGGCGCUGGGAGCCGCCUUCCCGCUGCACGCGCCGCGCCGGCCACUUGUUCGCACUGGGGUAGCAGGCGGCUCCUCUGCUGUAGCCGCGCGCGCCCUGAGCACCCGCAGCCUGCGGCACGAAGCCGAGAGCGACUUCGAUGUCGCCGAUCUGCCCCAGUUGGAGCGCGAAGUCCUCCAGGUGGGCGAGAUGAUCGACGACAUGGAAAUGAAAGUCAACGUGCCCCGCUGGACUGUACAGGCGCGACAGGCGGCGGGCGCCGAACUCCUGUCCGGUGCCAGUGCUGGCGCGUCCUCCGCCGGUGGCAUUUCGGUAGAGGAGCGCGCCGGACUCUGCGACCCCAGCAAGGCCCUGGCUGCCACCGUUUUCAGCGCCGUGCUGUUGGUGGCUGUGGCCCUCGCCUUAUGUGUGGCAAAGCUGAGCUGACUGAUAUCCAACGGCGGUCCGCUGCCCCUUCUCUUUCCAGGGCAUGGGCUUGGGGUUUGAACCGUUAAGGAGAGAGGUAGUGAGCCCGAUUGUGUGCGUAUGAACAUGAUCCUUUCAAGGCCCACCUCUGCCUGGGCAAAACAUGUUUUGUUUUUAAACAUGUUGGCCCAAGAGGAGUUAACAGCACAGGGCGGUCAGGCCAUUAACUCUAAUAUCUGCAGGAGCUUUAUCUCCUAUUAAUAGAAAUCGGUUCACAGUGACCCCAGAUCCCUUUGAUUUUGAUGGGUUAACACGAACAUCACAGGUUUGGUACCCUCACACUGGUUGGUAGCUCUGCUCUCGUUCUGCUUUAGACGAGACAAUUUGAUAAAGGUACGGGGUUGUGAUAGUAGGGAUGUGGGGGGGGGGGCGGCAUUUUGUUCCCUAAACAAGAAACCAAUUGCAGUAAGAUGUGCGUGGAUUGUAUUACCUUAAUCCUUUGGGGCCUAGGCAUUGGGAGCAUGUACUGCUGGAGGUUUGUGCAAAGUGCUUUCUCUGUGAUACACUGUUGCACUUGACAGAGAUCGCCUAUUAGUCUCCAGGAGCUGCAGCUGUGAGAGGUUUUGUGUCGCGACCCCAUUGAGGGUCACAACCAAGAAGGUUGUUUCAAUUCGAUGUGGUGGAUCCGCUGUACACUUGCUUCCAGAGAAGACGGCUCCCUCCUCAUCCCCGGAUGGGGGAGGAACAGGAUGCUGCUGCUCUGGGAAGGGCCACAUUGCUAUGUCAACAGGCACGUUCUCCUUCUCACCGGCUUACUUUAUCCCAGAAUUAGACCACAGCGUUCGACCCUCCUUUGAGGGAGGGCUGGGGAAUCCUCUUUGAAGCUCUUAAUCCUAUCUAGCCCUGGAAUUUACUCGAUAGCCAAUAGGAGCGCUAGUUUUUUAGAGAGCUGCCCAACUGUCUGACCCCACGUUACAGGGAAGGGCGAUGCUGGUAUCACUAGUAAAGGGGGGUGGGGUGGGUGCGAGCCUGGCAGCUGAGUUCAAAACGUAACAGCUUUAAUUUGGAAUUUAAGGAGCUUUAAACACACACGCGCGCCCACACGCUGGGACACACACACACACACACACUAUCUGAAUGAAUGUUAGCACAUUAGUACCAAAGUUGGGUUGCUUGUUUGUUUUUGUAUAAAGGAAACUGGACCACAAGCUCAUAUAUGCCAAGUGAAUCAAGCUUAGAGUACUUUUGUAUUGCACGUGUAGUCUACUAAGUACGAACCUGCAUCUACUUUUUUCUAAAACCCUGGGGACCAGAGAGAUGGCUUAACAGAUAGAAGUAUUGGAACAUAGUGGUGCACACUUUUAAUCCUAGUACUUGGAGGGAGAGGCAGGAGAAUCUCUGAGUUGGAGGGCAGCCUGGUCUAUAUAAUGAUAUCCAGGACAGCUAGGGUUAGAGAGUCUCUCUCUCUCUCUCUCUCUCUCUCUCUCUCUC